GAAGCCCAUCAGCAUCCAGGGAUCCAAACCAAAGAUACGACCAAAGGGAGGAGCGGGGUCAGUAUGCCCCGGGGGACGGCACCAUGCCCAGAUCACCGUCCGACUACGGGGAUGGGGACCCUCGGCGUGGGGCCCCACGGAGGUACCAAGACGCUGAGGCGGCGCGGGGGGAGUACCGUGGUGGGCGUGGCCGCUGGCGCUCCCAUGAGGACUACCCUCUGGACCAGGACGGGCCCUACCCUCUAGACGGGCAGCCCAAUGAGUACGAGCUGCAGCGCCAGCGCCAGGAGGAGUACCAGACACGCUACCGCUCCGACCCCAACCUGGCUCGUUACCCCGUCAAGCCCCAGCCCUACGAGGAGCAGAUGAGGAUGCAUGCUGAGGUGGGCCGGGCCAGGCACGAGAGGCGCCACAGUGAUGUGUCUCUGGCCUACACGGAGCAGGAUGAGCCCCAGGGACCAAUCCGCCUGUCCAGACAGCACCUGACCGAGCGCCGGCCGCCCAUGGUGGGCCAACGCUCCUACUCCAUGGACAGAAACUCCCCCACUCCUGGAGGCCACCACCGGACCUCCAACCACAGCCCCCCCACCCCACACCGCAGCCCCGUGCUGGGGGACAGGUCAGGGGACAUGAGGCGGGGGCCAGGGGAGCCAAUAGGGUUCAGGGGUCAUGAUUAUCUGGACCCCAGCUCUGCAGUCAGGAAGACCAAGAGGGAGAAGAUGGACACCAUGUUGAGGAACGACUCUCUGAGCUCUGACCAGUCCGAGUCCAUCAGGCCGCCGCCACCAAAGCCCCACAAAACCAAAAAGGGGGGUAAAAUGCGGCAAGUGUCCCUGAGCAGCUCGGAGGAGGAACUGGCCACCACGCCGGAGUACACCAGCUGUGAGGACGUGGAGAUAGAGAGUGAGUCUGUCAGUGAGAAAGGAGAUUUGGAUGGCCACUGGUUGGACCAUGCGUCAUGGCAUAGCAGCGAGGCCUCCCCAAUGUCUUUGCAUCCAGUGACAUGGCAGCCCUCCAAAGAUGGGGAGCGCCUAAUAGGGCGGAUUCUGCUCAACAAGCGGAUGAAGGAUGGAAGUGUACCUCGAGACUCAGGAGCACUGCUGGGACUAAAGGUGGUGGGUGGAAAGAUGACAGAAUCUGGUAGACUUUGUGCUUUCAUCACUAAAGUGAGGAAAGGAAGUCUAGCGGAUACUGUUGGACACCUCAGACCAGGCGACCAGGUGCUGGAGUGGAACGGGAGGUUUUUACAAGGAGCCACAUUUAAAGAAGUUUACAAUAUCAUUCUAGAAUCAAAGCCAGAACCCCAGGUGGAACUGGUGGUCUCAAGGCCCAUAGGAGAUAUUCCUCGGAUACCAGACAGCACACAUGCACAACUGGAAUCAAGUUCGAGUUCCUUUGAGUCUCAGAAGAUGGAUCGCCCUUCUAUCUCUGUCACGUCUCCCAUGAGCCCCGGGAUGCUGCGGGACGCCCCCCAGUACCUGUCAGGACAGCUCUCAAGCCAAAGCCUUAGUAGAAGAACAGCGCCUUUUGUCCCUAGGGUCCAGGUCAAACUGUGGUAUGACAAAGUGGGCCAUCAGCUAAUAGUCACCAUCCUGGGAGCCAAGGACCUGCCUUCUAGGGAAGAUGGCCGCCCCAGGAACCCUUACGUCAAAAUCUACUUCCUCCCUGACAGAAGCGACAAAAGCAAGAGGAGAACAAAAACGGUAAAGAAAUCCUUAGAGCCCAAAUGGAACCAGACCUUUAUGUAUUCUCCUGUGCACCGGCGGGAGUUCCGUGAGCGUAUGUUGGAGAUCACCCUGUGGGACCAGGCCAGGGUCAGGGAGGAGGAAAGCCAGUUCCUGGGAGAGAUACUGAUAGAGCUGGAGACAGCCCUGCUGGAUGAUGAGCCUCACUGGUACAAGCUGCAGACCCACGACGUGUCCUCCAUGCCCCUCCCCCGCGCCUCACCCAACCCCCAGCGCAGACAGCUCCACGGAGAGAGCCCCACGAGGAGGCUACCCAUACAGAACAAGGGGCCGUAUUCGUACAAUUCAGGAUCUCAGAGAAUCAGUGACAGUGAGAUCUCUGACUAUGACUGUGAAGACGGUGUUGGUGUAGUGUCAGACUACCGGCAGAACGGCAGGGACCUACAUAGUUCCACGUUGUCUGUCCCCGAGCAGGCGAUGUCAUCCAACCACUGCUCGCGGUCGGCAGACAUGAACCGGGCGCGGUCGCGGUCCCCCAGUGUCCCCCCUCCACAGAGCAGAAGUCUGGACCCCGGCUAUGACAUUGACCCCGCCUCAUCUCAGUACAGCUCCUCCAGUAGAGUGGACCGGCGCAGUGUGUCCGAUGACCACCACUCACCUGACAGGGCGAACCCCCGCAGCGGAUCGGCCCAAACCAGCCCCACCAGUACCCCCAUGUCUGACAGGAGAGGAGGUCGGCAACUACCACAGCUUCCACCCACAGGGACCAAGGGCAGAAGUGCUAUGGAUGUGGAGGAGAGGACCAGACAGAUGAAGCUGAAGGUGAACAAGUUCAAGCAGGGGGCCGGGUGCGACUCCAGACUGGAACAGGACUACAAGAGGAGGGAUGGUCAGCGGGGUUCAGACAACAUGUCAGCCAAGUCUUCGGACAGUGAUGUAAGCGACGUGUCCGCUGUGUCGAGAACCAGUAGUGCCUCUCGGUUCAGCAGCACGAGCUACAUGUCUGUCCAGUCAGAACGGCCGCGAGGAAAGCAGAAGAUCAGUGACUUUACGUCCAAAAUGAAAAACAGGCAGUUGGGCACGUCGUCAGGGAGUAUGAACAUGACCAAGAGCACAAGCAUCGGUGGAGACAUGUGCAACCUGGAGAAGACGGACGGCAGCCAAUCGGACACGGGCGUGGGCAUGGUAGGCGGGGACGGGGACGGGGACAAGAAGAGACGCUCCAGUAUUGGUGCCAAAAUGGCGGCAGUGGUUGGCCUCUCGCGGAAAAGCAGGAGUACCUCUCAGCUCAGCCAAACAGAAGCCGGUGGGAAGAAGCUUCGCAGCACCGUGCAGAGGAGCACAGAGACGGGCUUGGCCGUAGAGAUGAGGAGCAGGAUGACUCGGCAGGCCAGCAGGGAGUCCACCGACGGCAGCAUGAACAGCUACAGCUCCGAGGGAAACCUGAUCUUCCCUGGUGUGAGACUGUCCUCCGACGCCCAGUUCUCUGACUUCCUGGAUGGACUAGGCCCAGCCCAGCUGGUUGGACGACAGACGCUAGCUACACCACCCAUGGGUGACAUCCAGAUUGGAAUCGUAGACAAGAAAGGAGCGCUGGAGGUGGAAGUGAUCCGAGCCCGUGGCCUUGUGGGAAAACCAGGUUCCAAGGCACUGCCAGCACCAUAUGUAAAAGUGUAUCUUUUGGAAAAUGGAGCCUGCAUAGCCAAAAAGAAAACAAAAGUAGCAAGAAAAACCUUGGAUCCCCUUUACCAGCAGCAACUGCCUUUCGAAGAGGCUCCUGGAGGGAAAGUUCUACAGAUCAUCGUAUGGGGAGACUACGGACGCAUGGACCAUAAAUCCUUUAUGGGAGCAGUUCAGAUACUUUUAGAUGAGCUGGACCUGUCUAACAUGGUGAUUGGCUGGUUCAAGCUCUUUCCUCCUUCCUCAUUGGUGGACCCUACCCUGGCCCCCUUGACAAGAAGAGCUUCCCAAACGUCAUUGGAUAGCCGGUCAUAGCAGUGUGUGGACUGAUAGCAUUGUUGUAGCAGCAGCACCCAGUGUUGAGGUUGAACAUGCUGCGACAGACAGGUCACGCCCCCCGGUUACACUGCAUGCUUGAUGUUGUGUCUUCUGAGCCUGUUUCUAGGGGUGCAAACGUGAUCCUGUGUUUUGACAAAAAUGUCGCACACAUUGUGCGUAGCGAACGUCGCUCCCUCGGCCGGGUCUGAGCACCAGCUCGGAUUAGAAGGCCGUAACGGACUCCUUAGCACCAGGAAUUGUCUCUAAAUCGAGCGAUUCCAGGUUUUCAUCCAAUCUAAGCCAUGGGGGUCGGAACUGGGAACCCGCUCGAUGAGUUCUACAGAAGCCCUUUUCAAAUGAAAAAUACAUGUUUUUGUUUAUAAUUAUUUUUUUGUUUUGUUUUUUGUUUGUUUUAUUGUCGAUGUACUUGUAUACCUGAAGGGGUAACUGACAGUGUUGUCCUGUCCAGAAGCUUGGUCACGCCACGCCAACAGACCUAUCUAUAUUUGUAAAUGGAACUAUGAGGAUCAUUGCAAUUGGAGAGGUGGGGUGUCCCAACUAAAGCUCAAACUCCGAAUAUGAGGCCCUAGUCAAAAUAGUAGUAGAUCACACCAGAGAGAGAGAGACAAUACUAAAGUUACUAAAGGCAAUACAGAAGUGGCUACUGUACUAUCGACACUCCAGAAUCUAUUGAUCAGAACCCACAACAAGACUAACUUUUAUGACCUAACAUUAUUAUUUCUCUGUUGAUAUAUUGUAUGACAUUUAAAUGAAGAUUUAAAAAAAAAGAAGAUUUUUUUGCAUGGACAAAAAUUUAGCUGAAAAAAAAUGACCAUUAUUUUCUUGAGGCUGCGACUUGCAAAAAAAGAUGAAGAAAAACAAAUAAAACACAUCAGCCAUUUUCAACAAUUUAUAUUAUUUUUAAAUAUAAAUUUCACUAGUGCAUGGUUUUCAAAGGGGAGUGAAUGCAACAGCGUGAUAAAAAAAAUACACAUUGUUUAUCAUUCUUUAGACCAUCCAUAACAUAAGUCUGUGUUUGGCAGACAUACAGUAAGAGAAACUCAAAUAAAAACUUUUGGAGUUAAUUUAACAAAAAAAAACUGUUUAUGUGACAAAGUGAUGAUGAAAAUAAAUGUAAAUGAUUUAUUUCAUUGUAAAAGUUUACAAGCCUUAUAAAGAUAAACAUUAUGUGCAAAUUGUACACGUCUCUUUCUCUCCCUUGUCCCAGGGCAUCCCCCUGAUAUUGUCCAGAGUUUCAGGACUGUUGGUUCUUUUACAGCUCUGUAUCGUUUCAAUAUGUCUUUUUUGGCGAUUUGUUGAACAAGCAUGUUGAAAAGGAUUUUCUGCAACAUGGCUUGGUCACACCUUAAAGUAACUCAGCAUGUUUUGAUAAAGAGGAUGUUUGGGAGUUUUACAGUUUCUUGUACAGUGCAUGUCAACUUCGUUACUUUUCCCCCCCUCACCUUCAAUUGAAUUCUACAGAAAAUUCAUUAGUUACUUUCAUGGCCAAACUAUUAAAACGUUUUAACAAAACAUUCCACUAACCCCUAGAUCAUAUUUUAUUUCCACUUUUUCAAAAAGAAUGACAAGGAAAAAUAUUUUAUAUUCAUUGGAGGUUGACAAAAAAAGUUAUGGUUGCGAGUGUAUUUUAUUUCAGUAUUGUUAACUAACAUGCAAAAAUAAUCUGUAUUGGUACAGCAAGAAGGAUAUUUAUAUCCAAGCAAGAUGCGGCAAACAUACAACUUAUGUACUGUAUAUUGCUGUGUAGUUUGUGAGGAUGAGCAAAACACAAGGUCAAACAACAUGGGAUAUUGCCACACAAUAUGAAUUUAGUUUUUUUUGUUUUUGUGAAAAUAUAAUUAAUUUCAUAUAUUUUUAUUAGUUUAUUUAUAAGCCAAGACCAGUUUAUUUUUUAUUUUUAGUAAUUGUAAAUGCUUCUUGUGUAUGGGAGGUAUAUGAAUCUUACAGUUAUGUCUGAAUGAAAAUAAACUGAGACGUUAUUCCUUUUCCAUGUUAAACCAAUACAUUCUAAUGUCCAUCCGAUAUCUUGUCGCUAUAACAAGCUAUAUACUUUCAUUUUUGAUUUACAUUGUACAUAUUAGAAAUUUGAAUAAAACAAGCAAACACAAAUAGAUGACAAUAUUUUGGAAUAGGAAUAAUGUCUCACAUGAUGACAAAGACAUGUUAUUUACCCUUUUGAAUGCCUUUUCUUUCUUUUGUUUUGGUGCAAUGUGUUUAUGCCAAGGCUAUGUCUUGGUGAAGUAUGGUUGAGUACAGAGAUUUAUGUAAGUUAUUUUUCAAAUAAAAAAUGGAUAUUACACCGA